AUGGUAGUCUCGUUUUUCCUUGGCUUCCAAAAGACCCGUGCAUUCAAACUCUCCUCUACUACUGAAGGAACGGAGGAAGGGAGGCACGAGACCAUAAGUAUUGGAAGGUUUGAAGCAAGGACGCUAGCUGCAAAGGCAGUCAAGGAGUAUGAAUACCAUCCCCCGCAUUGCCCUUCUUCACUCACGCAAUACCUAGACAGAGCUUAUGAGUCCCAUGGCAGAAACUCUCAAUUGAUUAAGAGAAUCAAAGUUCAGAGAAGGUUGGAAAAAGGGUAUUCUAGAACGCCCGGUUCACCAGGUUCUACCACUGCAGUGCCCAAUCAUAGUCAAAAGAAGAGUUUGAUCCUGGCUCAGAAGGAACGCUAG